GAACGGGGACGGGCUGCUGCAGCAGUCGGAGUUCGCCCCAACGGAGGAGCUCAGGACGAGGCUCGAGAACCUCUUCAGCCAGCAGCGGGAGGAGGAGCGCGUGGCGCGUAUGGAGGAGCGCCAGCGCCAGAUGGACGACAAGAUGAGGCCGGACGCAGGGGCGGUGGAGGUGUCUCCCGGCGAUGUCAACGACGGCCCGGCCACUACCGCCGACAAGGCGCUGUCCGCGCUGCCGUACGUGCUCCCUCUGGCGGACGGCGUGGUGUUCGCCGCCCACCUGUUCGGCGCGUUCCCGGAGCAGACGGCGUGGGCGCAGCCGCUGGCGGCCGUGCUGCUGGCGCUGCGGUCCGUUCCGUUCGCGACGCUGGUCGGGUUCUUCAGCCUGUCCGUCGGCUCCAGCAACCCGCAGAUCAACAAGCUCGUGAGGUUCAACAUGCAGCAGGCCAUCAACCUGGACAUCGCUCUGAUCUUGCCGGGCGUGGUGGGUGCGAUCACGGGGGCGGUGUUGGGGUCCGACGCGUCCAAGCUGGCGCCUUUGGCGAACGCGGGGUCGGACGUGGUGUUCGUGGCUUUGUUGGCGGCUGUGGCGUACUCCGUUGGCACUUCGGCGACGGGAUCGUUCCCGAACAAGCUCCCGUUGUUGGGGCGGUUGAACCGCGAGAACCCCGACAACCAGGAGGGGGGCGAGCAGUAGAGGAAAUGAAGUUGUGACUUGGUGGAAUUUCCCAGCAGGGUGCACGUUCUAGUCGUCGUGCCGUUUGUAUACGUUUGUUGUACAUACAGUUGGUCUGCUUGUUGCCAUGUGUUCUUGUUGUAAUUUGAGAUGUGUCUGUUCUACCUAACGAAGUGCUCGUGGGUGGAGAUGACGUGAAUGUUAUUUGUUUUCUUGUGGAGUGGAACGGUAUCUCGUAUGUUGCAGCAGCGUGCCUUUUUGUGAAUCUGAUGUACGAGAGCGAAAAAGACAUCUAGGUGGUUUGUCUUGUGACUGCUGCAGUCCCAUAGCGUGUAGCAUUCAGGGCGCGGGAUGUUUAGGAGAAGGAAGACGGAGAUAAUUGUCGAAUGGAUCGUAUCAAGAGUCAGUUAUUGUUCUCUAGGAACACUUGGCCGUGUGGGCAAUAUACUGAAUUUUUGUUUUGUUGCCGUGGCUAGGCGGGCCUCGAACGAGGACAAGCAGCGUCGUGUUUCGCUAGCGCCAAGACUGUCACUGCCGCAGACACAAAAACAAUUUCUAGUAUGCCGUCCCGACGUGUAAGGUUCUCGCAGGUGGUGUUUGAUAGAGCGAAGCGAUGAAGAAAUAUCAGCAACAAAACCAAAGCCAUGCCCUGAUGAA